UUUAAACAUUAAAAAAUCCAAACGUUCAACAUAGAUCGUUUUGAUUCAAUUAAGCUAAGUAAUAUUAUACAUUUAGUUUUAAACCGUUUUAGUAGCUGUAUCGUUGGUGCCGAAAACCGAUUUUGUACAGUUUUAUUUUUAACAAAUAAUAAAUAACCAUUCUUUUUCAUACAUUGAGUUAUGCGCCAGCAAUGAACAAUAUGGAUACCAAUCGUCUUCAAACAGAAGAACCGGCUUUGAUUUCUGAUGACACACAGGAUGAGAACAAUGUGGCAAACACUCAGACCAAUGGAACUGCAAUUACAUUUGAACCACUAAGUCCUGAAAAAGUCAGAUGGUUUUACAAGAGCGAUAACAAAAGAUGGACUAAGUUUGAUGGUUUUGAUUCAUUAAAUAUAGAGUAUAGGUACAGGGCGAAUUUUGGCAAUGAAGAAGAUGUAUCUAGUUUAAAUGGAUCUUUUAAUUAUUUUGUUGGUCUCUAUACUGUUGUUGUGAGAGGUGGUCUCUACGAAGUAGACUUAUCAAAAAAAAAGUGUACAUCUAUAUUUUGGCCUGGUGAAGAGAGUGACAUUUUUCGUGGCGUUUGGUUUUAUGAUGGAUAUGAGCCUUACGAAUAUGGUGAGGAAGUUGAGAGGGAACAUCUAAAUCUAUUCAGAGAUGAUACCAGAAAAGUUGAAAACACUGAAGACAAUGGAAAGUCAGUAUUACGAGAUGUUACUUUUAGGGACAUGCAUGUAGUAUGGUAUUCAUCUGCUGAAGUGUAUUCAUUUAAACAAAAGACUUUUAUCAAUACAAAGAUUAUGAGAAGUGUUACAAAAAAAUUAGGAACUUAUUUCCAAAAAUCUGCUGGAUACAAACUGAUCAGAUCAUACAAAACUGAUGCUAGUGAAAAAGACAAACUGAAUGAUAUAACUCAUCUAGUAUUUUUGAUUCAUGGUAUUGGUCAUAAAAUAGAUAAUAAAAAAAUAAUAAAAAACACAUCACAAUUUCGUGACUGCGUGAAAUGGAUUAAACAUAAAUAUUUCCAAGGUACUGAACAGAGAGCAGAAUUUUUUCCUGUGGAUUGGAGGUCACAGUGUAGUUUUGAUGGAGGGCUAGUUGAACAGAUAACACCAUUAAAUUUGAAAAACAUACGGCAAAUAUUAAAUUCAUCAGCUAUGGAUAUAAUGUAUUAUACUUCACCAAUAUAUGGUCGAGAAAUACAAAACAGUUUGGCAAAUGAACUGAAUAGGUUACAUUCUGAAUUUGUAGAACGACAUCCACACCAUGACUUCAAAGUGUCAAUAAUGGCACAUUCUUUAGGUAGUGUUAUUUCAUAUGAUAUUAUAACUGGAUGGGAACCAUUUAUUAAACGGAGUGACAGUAGUCCAAGAAUUCAUUUAAAUUUUGAGUUGGAGAAUUUCUUCUGUUUGGGUUCACCAUUGUCAGUAUUUUUGGCAUUACGUCAAAAUGAAAUAUUUAAAGAAAACCUAAAUUUGUUUCCAAUGUGGCUGGCCAAAAGAGUGUAUAAUAUUUACCAUCCUACAGACCCUGUUGCUUAUAGGUUUGAACCAUUAGUGGCAAAAGAUUAUUGUCGCUACAAACCUGUUGGUAUUCAGGCCUAUGGUGUCAAGUGUGAUUACUCUGAGGUUCCCUUAGAACUGAUUGGAAAUAUGGAUACUAGUUUUGAAGAGACAAAUGGAACUGAAGCCAAAGCACCAGAUGUUAAAAAAGAAAAUGAAACAUUUAGUCGUAGAAUAAGCACUUGGCUCAACAUGUCAAGUAGCAAUGACAAUAAAGCCAAUAAUUCAAAUCAGUUUGAAAAUAAUACAUAUUCACUUUCAAGAAAUAGUACACCAGUUGAAAAUUUGAAUCACCGGUUAGAUUAUAUUUUGAGAGAUAGUAUCGGAGGAUCGGCCAGUAAUUACUUGUCGAUGUUGUAUACACAUACGUCAUAUUGGUCAAAUUAUGACGUAGCUUAUUUCAUUUACACUAGGUUAUUCCCCGAACUAGAUAAAACAAUGGAAGAUUUUCUGAGACCUGAAGAGAAAAUUCCCAAUUUUGACUUACAAUUUGAACAAGGUAUUGAAGUGACUGAAGAUUUGAAACAUUCUACUUAAGGAGAAAAUUACAUCUAAAAAAAAUUUGUCAUUUAAGUCUGCAAAUUUUUUUUUUAAAUUUAUCAUAGGUACACAAUUCAUUGUUAUAUUUUUAAUCAUGUUAACAAGAAAAUAGUUAACACCAAUUAAUAUGUUCAAUGUCCAAUGAUAAAUUUUUUAUAAUUUAUUGAGUCUUAUGAUACUAUACAGGGUAAACUUCCAUUACAUUUCUUGAAAACAGUAAUUUAUUAUCCGGUAUCUUAUUUUUAUCAAUAAAUACUUUGUUCUUGUUUCGUGUUCAUGUAUAUCAUAUUUUUAAUUUAUUCAAUUUAUAUUUUGAUAUAAAUAUACUUCACUGUUCUUUAUGUUAUCUAAAGGUAAAAGAAAAGAUAACUAAAUCUCAGAUGUGAUAUUAAUUACUAAAGAUAUAAUAUAUCCUACUGAAAAAAAAACUAAAAAUUGAAUGUUAUUUGUAUAGUAAUAGUUUUAUAUUUAUAAUUAUAUAAUGUAAUGAUUAAUACAUGUACAUCUAAAUAAGUUCAUCACAGUAAUUUGAGUUUUAAAUUUAAUUUCAAAUGUAAAAUCAACAACUCUUUGUGAUACACUGUUACACCUUGUGUAUUACAUAUAUAUUUAUAAAUGAAACACAUGUUCUUAACAAUGUUGUGAUUUCUAUUGGUUAAUUAUUAUUAUUAUUAUUAUUAUUAUUAUUAUUACGUGUUAAGUAGUGUAGGUAAUAUUGUUUUAUUGUGUUUACUAGCGAGAGACCUUGAACUUUUUUCAUUUGUUUUUAUUCAACUACAUUAUACAAUUUUAAUAGGUUAUGUGUAUUGUACGCAAUAAAACAAUAUUAUAAGUUAUUUUUAUAAAAUGUAUUUAUAAUGUAAUGUUUAUACUUUACCUAGUGUUGUUUCACCAAAUUUUAUGUGCCCAUUAUUAGUCGUUUUGGAAUACUAUUUUAAUUUUAUCAAAUUGUUUUUAUCGUAGUUAAAAUGAUAAUGUUUUUAAAAGAUCGAAGUAUAGUGUUGAUUAUUUAUUGUUUGAUUACUGUGAACUAUUUUAUUAUGCUAUAUUUUAAAAUAACCUCAGGUUUCGGUUGUGAUUGUUUUAAUAUAAUAUAUGUAUUUUUUUUACAAAAUAUAUAUUAUAUUAAUACAUGAUUAAUAUGUUCUGUGAUGUUAAAAUAUUAUUAUUAUUAUUAUUACUACUACUUUAAUAUAAUAUCGUACAUUUGA